UAAAACUAAAAAAAUACAUAUUUUUAUAACAUUUGAGAAAUAUUUAUAUUUAAAAGAAAAUGAACAUAAGCAGAUAUAAAUAUUUUAAGUAUAAAGAAAUCCAGCAAAUAAAUAAAUAUGGAGCAAGAAAUAUUGCUCAAAGGCUAGCAAGACCUAGACAAUUUCAGCAAAUAGUUGUAUUAUCAGACAAGAGUACAUUUACAAUACCUACCACAUCUCCAAAACCUGUUAUUUGGAUUACAAAAGAUCAACGAAACCAUCCAUUAUGGAAUCCAAAUAAAAAACAACAAAUCGAUGAAAACGACAAUGAGAGUAGGCUUUCGAAAUUCAAACAAAGGUUUGGAACAAAGUACAACAUUACAUAA